UUUGCAUAUCGUCUGUCAUAUUGGAAAUUUUUUUUUUGUUUUGUUUCGUUUCGAGAUUAUAAUUGGAAUAAAAUAAUGAAUGUUGAAAAGUUAGCUAAACUUCAAUCACAAGUUCGAAUUGGUGGCAAGGGUACAGCACGUAGGAAGAAGAAGGUUGUACAUCGUACAGCAACAACUGAUGAUAAAAAAUUACAAAGUUCAUUGAAAAAAUUGACAGUCAAUUCGAUUCCUGGUAUUGAAGAGGUCAACAUGUUUAAAGAAGAUGGUACUGUUAUACAUUUUACCAAUCCAAAAGUACAGGCAUCAUUGGCUGCCAAUACAUUUGCUAUAACUGGCCAAUCAGAACAGAAACGUAUAUCGGAUAUGAUGCCCGGUAUAUUGAAUCAAUUACGGCCAGAAAAUUUAAGCCGAUUGAAUAAUUUAUUCAGUGAUUUAGCUGGUGCUGGUGGUGGUGGUGCAGGUGGUCAAUCAAAUAAUGUUGCCGAUUUAUUGGCUGCUGCUGCUGCAGCACAAAAACAACAAGAACAAUCUGAUGGUGGUAAUUUUGCUUCAGCUGCUGCUGCUGCUGCUGCUGGAUCAUCAGCAAUUAUUGAAGAAGAAAAUGAUGAUGAUGAUGAAGUACCUGAAUUGGUACAAAAUUUUGAUGAAGCUGCCAGAAUUAAUGAAAUCAAAGAAUAAUGAUGAUGUGGGGGGAAAGAAUUUUUUUUUCGAAAAUCGAUUGUUGAUUGGUUAUACACACAAAUACCAUACACAUGAUGAUAACCAAAUAAACAAAACAAACAAUAUUCUUAAUAUAAAAAUGA